CUGACAUCUAAACUCCCAUCAGCUGGGACAGAAGGAGGACCCCUGGAAGCCCGGCAUGUGAUCACUCGAAACCAUCUCAGACUCAUCCAGCAGGACUUCUGUUCAGGAAUGACCAGUUGAUUGGCAGUCGUCCACCAGUCUGACGAGUACAUUUAUGGCAUAAAUCUCAGAGAAAUGGAUUCCAUCACAGCAGAAAAUAUUUCCAGUGGUAUGACUACCUGGAAGCUUGGAAUCAAUCAGUCUUUUUCACACAACACAUCAGAAAACAGCAGCAGCUCUACCUGUAUUAGUUUGGAUGCAUGGGAUUGGUUAUAUACAUUUCAGCCUAUGUUCCUCUGGGUCAUUUUUGUCCUGGGAGUGAUAGAGAAUGGCUUCGUCCUCAGCGUUUUGUGUUUCCACAAGAGUCGCUGCACAGUGGCUGAAAUUUACCUGGCAAACCUGGCAGUUGCCGACUUGAUGUUAGUUUGCGGUUUACCUUUCUGGGCCAUUAAUAUCGCUAAUAAGUUUAAGUGGCCUUUUGGCACUUUCCUUUGCAAGGCUGUCAAUGCAAUCAUUUACAUGAACUUAUAUUCUAGCAUUUAUUUUUUGAUGAUGGUGAGCAUCGAUCGCUACCUGGCCCUGGUGAAAACCAUGUCUCUUGGACGUAUGCGACGAGGUACAUGUGCCAAAUGGAACAGCCUUAUCAUCUGGGUGUCUGCAUUACUCAUAUGUUCCCCUGUUCUAGUGUUCAGGUCUGUCGGUUAUGUGGAAGAAAUCAAGGACACAGCCUGCAUUCUUCAUUAUCCAUCCACACACUGGACAAUUGCAACACACAUUUUGCUGAAUACUGUGGGCUUUUUGAUCCCACUCUGUGUAAUUACCUAUUGUACUAUUCAAAUAAUCAAAGCCUUACAAGACAACAAAAUACAAAGACUCACAGAAAUCCAAACUGAGAAGAGAGCCACCAUCUUGGUCCUUGCUGUCCUUUUGCUGUUUAUCAUUUGCUGGCUUCCUUUCCAGAUUACCACAUUCAUUGACAUACUAAUUCAGGUAGGCAUCAUUUCUGACUGCAUUACUAAAGAUAUCAGUGAUUUGGUGACCCAGGUAGCUACAUACUGUGCUUAUAGCAACAGCUGCCUUAACCCAGUAUUGUAUGUCAUUGUAGGCAAGCAUUUCAGAAAGAAAUCCAGGGAACUCUACAAAUGCUGCCUGCCUAGGAUAUGCAACAAAUCAGAGUCCAUCCGGAUGGAGAAUUCUUUGGACACUCUGAGAACGUCCAUUUCGACUGAAUGCCCAAAGAAAAAGUCUGCUUCUUCAUUAGCACGAUAGCACAGUUUUGCUUAUUGCAAAGUUACAAGAAAACCUUUCAACAUAUCAGUUCCUAAUAUCCAUCUAUUAUGGCACCCCAUUGUGUGCCCUGGCUGCAUUCAUUAUGCAUGAAAGCUUGGGGAGCUGAUCUCAAUACAAAACUCCAUGUAGACACCUAUUUCUACCAGCUAAUGGACAACAUUUUUCAUGACUGAAUCACAUUUCAUGAUAUAUUUAUAUAUUCAUGGCUGAAGUAUAUUUGACACACUAUCUUUUUAAAUAUUUAUAUUGCUAAUGAAGAUAAGUGUCUGAUGUCAGAAUAUAGUUCUCUAAGUAAAGCCAUGUUAUAACAGCUACUGUCAGUAUUAUGAAGCUAAACACCGUACCCAUACAUUUGAAAGAAUACAUUUUUAAUAUAAGGAACAUUUUCAAAUGAGACUAUAGUGAAUGGAAGGUCUUAUAGGAUCAUUAAGAUCCUAGAAUAUCAUGGUUGGAAGGGACCUCAGGAGGUCAUCUAGUCCAACCCCCUGCUCCAGGCAGGACCAAUCCUCAGACAGAUUUUUGCCCCAGAUCCCUAAAUGGCCCCCUCAAGGAUUAAGCUCACAACCCUGGCUUUAGCAGUCCAAUGCUCAAACCACUGAGCUAUCCCUCCCCCCUUUCAAUUUAAAUUGAUGUUUAGUGUCCACAUUAUUUUCCCCCUUUGGCUAAUAAGGUGUUCCAAAUGCUCCAAUCCAAAAAUUGCUGUUUACGUGAUUGCCAGGUUAUACCUUUUGGGGAUUGCUCUGACUUUGGUGGCAUGGAAUGGAAUGGAAUGUAACCCUCUAUUCCGUAGAGUGGGACAAUUUCUUGUCUUUUACAUCUGUGUAACCCCCAGCAACAAGGGGUUGCACAGGUGUAACUGAGAGCACAAUUUGGGUCAAUGAAUGUAGCUGACAAUGUAGAAUGUAAGCUGUUCAGGAGCAAAGACCUGUAUUUUAUACCUGUCUAUAAAGAAUAAUUCGCAUCUGUGGUGCUGUAUAAUUAAUACACGAGAAUACAGAUUAGACAAACAUGGGGCAUACUCAUAAAAAAUUAAAAACAGAAGUAUAAUGGAGAAAACCAUACAAUGACUGCCUUUGAAAUCAAACUGAUGGUAGUGGAAGAUCUGAAUGAUUAAGAAAUGCAUGAGCACAUUCUUUAUCAUGUAAUAUAGGCGAUAUCCGCACUGUUGAGUUAACUUAGCUACAUGAGUUAACUUCUCAUGAGUAAGCCUAGCUCAAGUGAGAGCAGCCACACUGCAAAAUGAGUCCGGAGCUGCACAGAGUGAUUGUGUUAGCAGCUGCUGAAUUGUGCUAACACUGGAGAUGAGUGCUCAGCCCUUUGCAGAACUGGGCUCUGGACAUUAGAGUACAGCUGAAGUCAAUUGAUGACACUCAGCCUUUUUCAGUAAGUGCUCAACAGCUUGCAGGCUGAAGUCCUUAUGCAGUAGCUAAUGUUAUUUACUCAUAGGGAGCCAAGAUGCAUAUUAUGAAAAGCAUAAGUAGAGUGGCCCUAAAUUACAGUGAAAGCAGAGCAGGUUCAAAAUUUUCUGAUGGAAAGCUUUUCCCUCAGAAUAUGCCUUUUUUUAUAAACAAAUGUAAAACGCGCUGUGGGAAUAUGUCAAUUCUGACAAAAUUUCAUUUAAAAAAAUUUAAACUGUUUCAAGAAGGGUGCAAUGCAAUAUUUUCAAUUUUUUGUUUCUUAGCUUAUUGUUUACAAAUUUAUUUUGUUUGAUAUUUUAUUAUAAACCAUAAUAUAAUAAAAAAGUCAAAAUCAGACUGAAAUGUUUCAGUUUUACCAAAACAGAACUUUUUGACUGACUGAAAACAAAUUGUUCUUGAAAAUUUCAUUUCACAGGAAAUAUUGAAAUGCCAAAAUUUCCCAUGGGAUGGCUAUACCAAGUUCGGACUAGCUCUAAAUGAAAGAAUACUGAAGGACACCCUAGCCUUAUAUCAAAAUAGAAAGUUUUCUUCUCUGAUUACCUUCUUAGAUAAAAGGAGAAGCAGCAUGGCAGGUUUGUGAGAGGAAGAAUUUCCAGAGAAGUAAGAUGAGGAAUAAUUUAUGCAGAGGUGGGAAAAAUUAUUAUUUUUAAAACAACAGGAAAAAUGCUACCCCUUUUUGAACCUUAAGAACUCUUUGAGAUUGGGUUUGUUUCUGGUAAAAUAAGAACUUCCCUGAACCUUUGCCCAAAACUUGAAUCAUUUUGGCCAUCUCUAAUGAUAAGAAAAAAAUAUUUCUGGGUUUUUUAACAUCCUCACUGACAUCACUAAAGACCACACAACUUUCUGCCAUAAGCCUUUGGAAACCAUUACAGUCUAUCAUGUUAAAGCAGCAUUAGUGGGGUUGCUUAGAGAAAGUGAAGGCAGAAUUUUGCCCAUAAUAACUGCAGAGCCCUAUUAUCAUCUCAAUAAGCUUAUGUUUGUUGUCCACCAAGUUCAUGGAGAAAAACAUUAGCAGGAUCAACACAGUUUUACUAUUGGUCAUAUAAAUAAAAGCCAUGAACAGUACAUAAUGGGCACAGGACUGGGAGUUCUAUUCUAGGCUCUUACACUGUCUGUUUCAGCUCUUAUAUAGCCUCUGUUACCACAGUAUUUGAGCACCUCACAAACUUUCAUGUAUGUAUUCUCACAACCUUCUUGUGAGAUAGUACUUCUCUGUCAUCCCAUUUUACAGAUGGAGAACUGAGGCACAAAGAGGUCAAGACUCGCUUUUUAUAGUUAUUUAGGUGAUGUUCUGCUCAGCAUUGCAAGUCCUGAGUAUCUUAGCCAGCUAAAUUACCUCAAUGCUGGGCAGAGCAACACCUACAGAUCUUUAAAAUCUGGGCCUACAUAACUUGUCCAAGGCACUCAGGAAAUCUGUAGCAAGAGCAGCAAAUUCACCCUGGGUCUUCCAAGACCCAGGCUAUCACACUAGUUACUGGGCUACCCUUCCUGUCUAUAUACCAUUCACUCCUUGUGUGGUUUGGGGCCAAUAACAUAACCUCUCUGUUUCUGCUUCCACAGCUGUAAAAUAAGGAUAACAUUUGUUUAUUCUCUCAUUGGGCAGUGAUUCAUAUGCAUUAGUUAAUGUCUGUAAGUCACUAUAUAAAAGUGUUAAGUAUUAUUAUUUCUCAUUUAAGUUCUCAGCCAUUACUGUACAUUGACACAUGUAUGUGUAUGGAAAUCUAAGUAAGCUAAGAACUGUGUUUGAAAUUAUGUAUGUAUGCAGGAAACUUUGUUUUACUGGGCAUAGAAUAAGUGAUCCAAUUGUCAAGUUGAUUUUGAAGAGGAUCUUAAUAAAGAACAUGGUAUUGUC